GUUCGUUCACUGGUGGAACACUGCCGGGUUUCCCCGGAAACGAAUGAUGACAUUAUAUGGCGGUUUUGUGGAGCUCGAUCGAAUUUAUACAGGGGCAAAGACAAAGACGUGCCGUUCACGCGAUCCCGCGUGCUCACGUGACCACGAGGGCUCGCCUGUUUCCUUCGAGAAAGACGGAACGCGAUAUAACAUGAUGAGGGUCUUCGGCAGAGGUCCGAGCGCCGUCGCCUUGGAGGACGACAACGCCACUAGCCGCAGCCACCUGGGCGGUUCCUCGUCCGAUGUGCACCUGCCGACGGUGUUCACUAUCUCAAGUGGCUACCGGCGCUUCCAGCCGGUCAUUUCCGGUCCGUUCGCCGCCUUCUCGGAGCUGCGGCGGCGCCACCCGAACCUGCUUCCGUGCGCCAUGUGCGUGGCCGUCGCCUGCGUCGGGCUGACGCUCGCCUUCGUGCUCAUGCGCCAGCAGGUGAGGCUGGACGCCGCGCGCCUCGCUUCCACGCGCGCCUGCGGCACCGAGGACUGCCGCGAGCAGGCCGCCAGGCUCGCCAGGCGCAUCGACGCCGACCGGGAGCCCUGCGACGACCUCUACGCGUACACGUGCGGUGGCGCUGGAGUCGACGCGGCGAGGAAGGAACACCUGUUGACGCCGUACUUCGAAAGUGUGAAGGGCAUGAUUCUACGCGGCCUGGUACCGGAGGAGCGCAACAGCUCUAGCGCAGCGUACAAGGCCUUCUCCGCCUUCAACGCCUGCCUCUCGAGGGCCACGGACCUUGGCGUCGUCCAGCCGUUCGCGGAGUUCAUGACCGCGCGAAACAUACCGUGGCCCCGGAAACCUCCCAAAGACGCGGAUCCAUUGGACGUGCUCGUCGACCUGGCCGUCAACUGGAGGGUGCCGCUUUUGUUCGACGUGCGCGUCGUCUACACCAACCUCGACAACCCGCUGGUGGUCGCCGUCGACGAGAUGGGCUACGUAACCAUGCUCCGCAUGGAGCAGCUGUCCGCUUGCGGCGAAAGCGUCGGCGAGUACGACGAAAUACUGCGCAGCGUCGCCGGCUACCUGCGGCAAGACACGCGGCUCUGUGACAAGGACCGUCUCGAGCUUCGACUGGACGAGACGUCGGUCAGGAGCAACGUGACGUCGACCAUCCGGAUCGAGGAAGAUGAAGAAGGCGACGUGUUCGUCGCUUCCCUUAACGACAGCGUGCCCUCAUCGGACAUCGGUCGGACAUGGCUAACCCUCUUGCAGCGCCACCUGGGCUCGGACGUCCAGCUUUCGCCCGCGACGAAGCUCCAAGCUCACAGCGAGCGACACUUCUACGAAAUCCUCGCCCUGUUGGAGACGUUCCCACGCGAGAGACUGCUGAACGUCAUCGGCUGGACGUUCGCCUACUCGUACCUGUGGAUCGUGAACCCGGACCUGGACCACUUCCGGCCCGGCAAGGAGUGCGACGUCUUCGACAUACAGGCGGCCUGCUUCCUGACCGUCCAGGAGUCGUUCGGCACGGUCCUGGUGGCGCCGCAGUUCCUCGCGUACUUCCAGCAGGCCGACCGACAACGCGUCUUCACCAUGCUCGACGGGACCACACAGCUCCUGGCGCGAGCUGUACGGACAUCGAGGAGCUUGGGCGACGCCACCAAGCGGUGGGCCGUCGAGAAGAUCCUGGGGAGGACCCGUCGUCGCCUGUGGCCGCCGGAGCCGUUCUUCCACACGCAGCUGCUGGACGAACUGUACGAGAGGUUUCCCGUGACGUCGACGAGCUUCUACGAGUCCUGGUUCGAGUCACGGAGGGCCGUGCGCAGGAUGUUGAAGAACAGCUACUACAACCGCCUGAUGACCGGCAACGUGAGGUGGCACGCCGGAGAGGUGCGCUAUUCGUACGCGGGGAGCCUGCUCGAAGUCGGCCUCUCGGCUCUGUUCCCGCCGUCCUACUACCGUCACGACACGGGCGCGUUGGCCUACAGCGGCCUGGGCUUCCAGCUCGCCAGGGCGCUGGUCAGAGCCGUGGAUCAGCGCGGCCGCACCAUCGACGCCACCGCGGUCGCGGAGGAGGUGUGGACGCAGGUCGAGAAGUGCCGCCUGGACUCGGCUAACACCAGCCGCGAGAGGGACGCCGUGGCUCGCCUGUUCGCCCUGGAAAUCGCCCUGGCGGCUCUCGGGGAGAACUUCCAGCUGGACCGGCUGGACAGGCUCGAGGGCCUCGAGCGGUUGACGGGUUUGCAGACCUUCUACGUCAACUUUUGCGCCAACUUUUGCGACCAUCCGCGCGGCGCGGAGCUGUGCAACGUAGCGAUGAACGCGAGCGGAUACGGCGACGUCUUUGAGUGCCCAGGUGCGCCGUCGCCCGGUACGGACCGACGACGGUGUCUCGUCGUUUGAGAUGUACUAAUCGUUUUGGCGACUCGGAUCGCGAACGCCGCAAGCCGCUCAAAUAAAAGAAAACAGAUAUCGCGCUGAAACCACCGACGAUGAUUGUCAAAUCGGCGAAUAGCCGAACGCUUCUAGAACGAAGUUUUAAAGGAAUGAUGCGCUUGAAGAUGCAUGAAAUAAUACGGUGAGGAUAUUUAGGUAGCGUUUAUUUCAUUGCUUAAUGCCGGAGAGAACGCAGCCAUUAACCAGCACAUUUGAAGCGGUAGUAUAGCGGCUGUACAAUAAGUCGAUUCGUCAAGUGUGUGCCGGCUCCUGUGGUGUGAGCGCCGACGAGGAUGACCCUCCCGUAGCCGCCUCAUGGGGAGAAGAUGGUGCGAAACGAGGGCUGUCAUUCCUGAAUGCUCCACCUAAGCAUAAGGCGUGUUCCCUACGCGGAAGCAGAGUGAUGAUGAUGACGAUAAUAAAUGAAAUAAAGUAUUGUGUAUCAAGGUAGUCAGCUUUGCGUAGGCAAGUAGAGUAACAAAAACUUAAUAUUAAAAGUACCCAAGUAAAGGGUCGACGUCAAGAAUGAGUAAAAUAAAUUUUGAAUAAUGAUAAUAUGAUUGUGAAUUUGUGU